AUGCAGGCCAUGCUCCUGGGCGACCACGUGGAGCCGAGCUACACGUCGCGCGUGUCGCGGCUGCUCGGCGUCGACGGCGAGAGCGUCUUCCUCGCGAGCAUCUCCGACAGCUUCUGCGACGCCGAGCGCACGCUGAAGAUCCUGGGCCACUUCACGCCCAUCCUGGCCGAGUACGUCGUGACCAUGCGCACGGUGAACAAGCUGCGCGAGGAGCACGCCGACGACGACGAGCGCUACCGCGUCGAGCGCGACAAGGUGCUCGACGCGCAGCACGAGCAGGCGGGCCCCGCCGUCGGCGCCAUGUACGACGACCUCGGCUCCGUCUACCUGAAGACGGCGCAGUUCGCCGCGGCCCAGGGGACGCUGCUGCCCCCGGCCUUUGAGAAGCAUCUGCAGUUCGCCUUCCAGAACGCGCGAAAACGGCCCUGGGCCGCCGUCGACGCGACGGCCGCGGGCGACCUCGGCGCGGACUACCGCGGCAAGUUCCUGAGUUUGGACGAGACCCCCCUGGCCGCGGCGUCCAUCGGCCAGGUCCACCGCGGCGUCCUCAAGGCGCCCGCGCCGCGGCGGGCCAAGGGCGAGAAGCCCUUCCAGGACGUCGCCGUCAAGGUCAUCUACGACGACGUCCGUCGGAACCUCGUCAUGGACCUCAAGAACCAGCGCAUCCUCUGCGAGCAGGUGAACGCGAUCCUCGAGCUCCACAUGGAGGCGACGAUCGUCGCGAUCCUCGACGAGGUCGAGGCGAAUCUGCCGCUGGAGCUCGAUUUUACAUUGGAAGAGCGCGCGGCCGCGCUCUUCCGGAAGCGCGGCUUCGGCGACGUCGUCAUCCCCGCGGCCGUGCCGGGCCUCUGCUCCGAGAGCGUCCUCGUCCAGGAGUUCCUGCCGGGCACGACCCUCGCGGCCUACGCGGCCAAAGCCGCGUCGCCGCCGCCGUCGCCGCCGAGGACGCGGCUCGAGCGCGAGCGCUCGCACUCGGACGACGACGCCGACGAGGGCGCCCUCGACCGAAACGCCGCGCCGCCGCCGCCGCCGACCAAGGGCGACGCCGCCGUCGAACGGAACCUGCUCCGCGUCGUCGACGCGAUCGGCGCGACGCUCUUCCUGGACGGUUUCUUCCACGCGGACGCGCACCCGGGCAACGUGCUGGUCCUCGACGGGUCCAGGAAGGUCGCGCUCAUCGACUGGGGCCAGUGCGCGGAGCUCAAGCCGGCGCAGGUCGCGUCCGUCGCGCGGCUCGUGCUCCUGCUGAACACGCGGAGCCGCGACAUUCUGGACGCGUGCUUCGAGGCGGACGGCCUGAGCUCCGCGCUCGCGGACCGCUACGCGUUCUCGAACCUGGAGGAGAGCGGCCUCGACGCGGCGGCGCGCACGGCGCUGCUCUACCAGUUCUUCGACUCCACGUCCGACGACGCGGGCGUCGACCGGGAGGUCUUCGAGAGAUUGUCGUACAUGAUCCAGCACGACAUCUCGAACGUGCCCAUGUUCACGGCCGUCCCCUCGGAGGUCAUCUUCUACGGGCGCACGGUGUCGGCGCUGCGGCGCUGCCUGCGGGCGGCGGGCCUGGGCUCCGUGUCCGUCGUGCGGCGGUGGGCGCCGUUCGCGCGGAGCGCACUCCGGGAUUUCGUCGCGCGGAACCCGCAGCGGCGCGACCUGCCCUUCGACCUCGGCCGGGGCGUGGACCACCUGCUGCUGGCGCUGCCGCUGGACCACGCCUGGAUCCGGCGCGGCGCGGCGCUCCUCGAGGACGACCGCGUGCCCGCGCGGCUCCGCGCGGCCGCCGCGGCGUUCCUCGACCGCGAGCGGGCCGCGCUCGACGCGGACCCCGAGCGCUUCUUCCGCGGGCUGCUCGAGGGCGCGGACCUGCGGUCGCGGCUCUUCGGCCACGCGCGGUCCGACUGGGUCCACGACGUCGGCUACGGCCGCGCGGACGCGUGGGUCCGCGGUUUCGCCGCGUUCCUCGACGACGGCGCGCGCGUCGCGCGCGCGAAGCGCGCGGCGGCCGUCGGUGCGGUCGUGGUGGGCGGGCUCGUGCUCGCGCGGGCCUGCGCGCUGCUCGCGUAA